AUCGUGGGAGCCUUCGGUUGCCGCCGUACGUCGAGCUGUCGUCCGUCCAGCUGAGCUGUUAAAGCGGUGCGCCAGAGCGAGCACCAGCUCACGGCUCACACAACAGCCGAUCGUUAAAAAAAAGCCCUAUAAAACUAACCGGGCAAUUAAAAAUCCCCCCUCCCACAUCCACCUCAAAAAUUCUGGGAAAAAAAAUUCACAGACGCGUCCGAAAAAAUCGCUCAAAACGAGUGACGGUGUGCGGGAGGGUGCGAUAAUAAUCGAGGAUUUUUCAUCGAAAUCGUGGAAUCGCGGAUUGACGGGAGAAAGGAGAGGUUGAAAAAUUUAAGUCUAACGUCACUGGCGACGUGACUCUUAUUUUUAUCGUUCAAGUGUAAUUGUGCUGUGAUUAGGGGUUUUUUAAAAAAUUUGUGGUGAUGAGUGAGUGAAGGGUGGAGCCCCGGGAAUAACUGGACAAAAGGGCCGUCCUAUUGGUGCAAUUGUCAAUCGGUUGAUAUCGACGGGCAUUUUUUUCUUCUUUUUUUUUUGGAAUUAUUUUUCUUGUCGACAAGUGGUGAUAGAUAUGGCGGGACAAACCAUAAACGACAGACUUCUGGCUGCGAGGCACAGUAUUGCCGGUCAGGGACUUGCAAAAUCUGUGUGCAAGGCCACAACUGAGGAGAUGAUUGGACCCAAGAAGAAACACUUGGACUAUUUAAUACACUGUACCAACGAGCCAAAUGUCUCGAUACCUCAGCUGGCGAAUCUUCUGGUGGAACGUUCACAGAAUACGAACUGGACAGUUGUAUUUAAAGCCCUCAUUACGGUACAUCAUAUGAUGUGUUAUGGAAACGAGAGAUUCACGCAGUACCUCGCUUCGAGCAACAGCACUUUCCAGCUCAGCAAUUUUCUGGACAAGAGCGGUGUGCAAGGAAUUCUGGACAGGAUUAAUGCCCCAGUCAAUGAGCUUAGCCUCUUUUUAAGAUACGACAUGUCACCCUUUAUCAGACGAUACGCUAAAUACUUGAAUGAAAAGGCGAUGUCUUACAGAAGUGUGGCCUUUGAUUUUUGCAAAGUCAAAAGAGGGAAAGAGGAUGGUACAUUACGCACCAUGAAUGCCGAGAAACUACUCAAGACAUUGCCGGUUUUGCAAGCACAACUUGAUGCACUACUUGAAUUCGACUGUUCUGCUAAUGAUCUUACGAAUGGCGUCAUCAGCAUGUGCUUCAUGCUCCUUUUCAGAGACUUGAUAAGACUCUUUGCUUGCUAUAACGACGGAAUUAUAAAUUUAUUGGAGAAGUAUUUUGAUAUGAACAAGAAGCAAUGUCGUGAUGCACUGGAUUUGUACAAAAAAUUCUUGAUACGAAUGGACCGAGUUGGGGAAUUCCUCAAAGUUGCUGAGAACGUUGGCAUCGACAAAGGCGAUAUUCCUGACCUUACGAAAGCACCUAGCAGUCUAUUGGACGCCCUGGAGCAACAUCUGGCUUCCCUUGAAGGAAAAAAAGGCUCAGCAGCUAAUACACCCACUCAGUCUGCCAGCAGCAAUAGAACGAAUGUAAAGUCGGGAGUGUCCGCACUAUCUUCCACCAGUACGGCGUUCGGAACAGCAGCUAGCAAUGCGCGUCUUGAUCAGACUGGAAAUGGACACAUUGAUGAGGCACUGAGACAACAGGCACUUGCUGAGGAGGAGGCUGCCAUGAAUCAGUACAAGGCAAAGGUGCAGUCACCGUCUGGAGGACCGAGCACCAAUCCCUUCCUAGCAUCGCCAACUGGUGGAAAUCAGCCAAUCGUCGAUUUAUUCAGCUCAGCGUCUGCCAAUGAGGCGCAGAAAGCUUCAGACGAUUUGCUCCAACUGGCGGGGAAUCCCUUUGCGGACAUGUUCGGAGCACCUCAACCUGGUGCACCUGUCCAGGCAGUACCCCCAGGGAACAACAUGUGGAUGGCCAACGGUAAUGGUUUCGUCGCACCAACACCGCCAGCAAGUAAUAACUUUGUUACAGAUAACAACUUCUCAUCCGUAUUCGGUGGUCAAGAUCAGCAGACGAAUGAACUUUCUGCGCAAGCUGCCGCUCAGGGAUCGGCCGUACCUAAUCCUUUCAUGGCGGAUUUUUCCGCUCCCCAACCGGGUAAUACAGCAUCGAGCAUCGGACUGUUCGAUCAAUCAGCGCCGUCAGAUGGACAGCAACAGGGCGGAGACCUUUUCAGUGCUGGGGGACAGGCGGAUUUAUUUGGUGGCGAAUCAGCAGAUAAUAAAACCGAUUCCAGUGAAAUGGAUUAUCCACCUGUGUGUCAAUCAGGUGUUCAAAUGACUGGUAUCAAUGCUAAAUCAACUGCUACUCCGCCACCAAGACCGCCCCCUCCCACAGGUUUCGAUGGUGUGGGCUCGGUGUUAAUGCCAUCUUCUACGACUGUGUCUGGAGCUAAUAACGUUUCAGCUGCUGGACAAACUGGUGCCACUACUGCUGGUAGUAAAGUACUGACUGGCGAUCUUGAUAGCAGUCUGGCAAGUCUCGCUCAGAAUCUUAGCAUCAACAAGAGUACGCAGCCUCAAGUCAAGGGAAUGCAGUGGAAUUCGCCAAAAAAUACAGCGAAAACUGGAGGACCAGCUGGUUGGACACCCCAACCAAUGGCAGCCACCACUGGGGCUGGAUAUCGACCAAUGGGCCAAGGAAUGACGCAACUUCCUCCAACCACCACUUUUGGCUUUCCUACCCAGUCCGCACCACUGGGUAUGCAAGGUAUGCCAAUGGGAAUGCAGGGCAUGAGGCCGAUGAUGGGGGGUAUACCAGGUGCCCCAGCUGCCCCCGGUGGGAUGAUGGUGGCUGGUGGUAAUGCACCCAUGAUGAUGCCAGGUAGUAACCCAAUGAUGGGAGCACCAAUUCAACAGCAACCGCCCCAAAAUCAGCCCCCGGGUAAUGCGGUUCAACUUGAUCCCUUUGGUGCCCUGUGAAAGGACUAGCAAUAGGACUCCCGUUGGAAUUAAAUAACACGGAGCACCAAACUGUAAAUACUGUGUAAUAUGCCUACAAAAUGUGCCCGGCUUUGUUUCAUUGACUUGCAUCAACCGUUCUCUCCUGAUCUGCCUUACUCCGAAAAAAAUCAAUCCAUCGAAGGAUCAAGGAUCAUCGUCCCACUGCAUUCAACCACGAAAUCAUCAUUCUCAGCAUGUGUAUAAAAUCGCCACAUGUAAGGGCCCAGAGUGCUUAGUGAAUGGCCGAUGAUCGUAAAAAGUUGGCAAUAAAUAAAAGAGAAUAAUCAUGAGUUCCAUUGAGAUUGGGAUGCGCGCCUCAGGUACUGUGUUUAUUAUUAGAGCGUGUCUGCAAAUCGAGUUUAUCCAUUGCGUUAUUGGCCACAUCAGCAGCGUGCCUGCCAAAGAUAUUUUUGGGGUUUGAAUUCGCAGUUAAAAAAUCAUGAUUUAUUGUUCCGAUUGUCAUGCUCCCAAAAAUACUUGCAACAAUUAUGAUGUGGUGGAAGUUACCGAGAAAUAUCUCGGAAUCUAUGAGAGAUAGUCGAAUUUUUGUGAUAUUCUUUUUUGUAGUUCUCGUUGCUCUCUGCAAAAAAGGUCCUGACGAAAAUUUCGAUGUGUCUCGUAGAUCCUGAGGUAUUCCCCGAUAACUGUGAUAAGGGAAUAAGUCGAUUUGGUAUUCUCCAUAAUUUUACUAUUUUUUGUUAAUCCUGCAUGAUGAGAGGAGGUUUAGAUAAUUUAUAAGAGUUGUCCGAUUUUUUCUUUAAACCCUCGAUAAUGUAGCAUAUCUUUGUUGUACAUUAUUAAUUCAUUUUUCCAUCAUUAUUCAUACGUAUUUUGCAAUAAUUUUGGUAACUAGCCGGUGGACGGUUGGAGGUACAAGUAUUAUAAUGGAGAUGUCAUAAUCAUCCUGUUGUGCACGUUAUCCAUAAUACGUGCAGAAUAAUGUGUACAGGCGUUCGUAUAUGAAUAUUAUAUCUGUAUAGAAAUGAAAAUGAUAAAUAAUGUUAUAAUUUUUAGGAUAAUAUCGAUGAAUGUUUCGUUGUAAUGCUCCGAUAUAAUUCUGAUGGGUUAUAUUAUUUUCCACGUUAUGAGAAAAAAAAAUGAAUUACGAUACUCAUGUGAAUUCUCAGUGUGGAAAUUUUGUUAAUUAACAAAAUUAUUGGCUUAUCAUCGACUUUUUUUUUCUGCUGGCCAUCUGAAAAUUGUUCCCUUGUGUUUGAAGCAUGUUCACUUUUUGAAUUGAGUAUGUGGAUCAAUUAUUACUCGGUCAAUUGAAUAAUUCAAUAUUAACCGUUGAUUAAAUACAACUGUACUAGUCGGUUUGACUGUUUAAAAUGACCUACAUAUUAUUGGCAAAUCAUGAUCAAGGAAAAGAUGGACAAAACUCUAUUUUGAACGACUCGUACUGGCAUUUAGCUGUUUUUUCCGAUAGUGGAAUUAAAUAUUUGUAUUAUAUCGAUUUAAUGAGAAAAAGAUUACCUAUGAAUUAUCACGGCAGAUGUAGUCUAGAUGAAUAUCAGCAGUUUAGGAGGCACACGGAGGGAUCAGAUACAUUUCCUGUAGCAUUACGUGAAAAUAAUAAAAAAGAUAAUUACUUGAUAGUGUUUGAAUUCCUCUGAUACCAGACACAAUUGGACUUUGAAUAAUUUUGAGAAUAUUUUAAAGAGAUUCUUGAUAUUUUACGCACAAAUAAAUGAGUUCAUUGAUCUUGUGAAAUUUAUUAGGAUUGUCCGAUUUGUUUGGUACUGAGUGCCGAUACUAAUGAGUAAUUUCAUGAAUAAUAAAAUAAUCAGCCUGAAAUGUAGAUGGCAAUCCAUCUCUACUGGUCAUUAAAUGUAACAGGACAAUAUUACGUGGAUUAUCCGUACAUCAUAAAGAGAAAGAUGAGAAUAUAAGUGCUGUAAACGAAAAGGUACACCUUGCUAGGCUAGAUUAUCAAUACUACCCAUCGAUAUAAAUGAAUUGAAAAAUUCUACAGGCCAAUAAACUCAAUGCACCAGACCAGUUGUCGAGAAUAAUUCGGUGCAUCUAUAUUUAUUCAAAUCCUAUAUAUUGUUCGAAAGAAAAAGCAUAUUCUCGUAAAAAAUACAAGGACAAAAUUCACUGUAACAUAAAUAAAUGAAAAAAAAAAAUUGUUGAAACAGAUAUUGGGAUUCCGGCAAUCAUGGCUUCGCUAUUUAUGAAAAAAAGAAAAAUGGAGGAAACUGCUUAAUUGUUAAUUAGUUUUUAUGUAGAAAUUGCAUCAUGUGGAAACGAGGAUAUUUAACUGUUUUGUGCAGUUGUGAAACGCCAACGACAAAAUCAACACUUUAGUCGAAUUGAUUAAAUUGUGAAUAUUGUAUAAAAUAGGGGAGGGAGAAUAUUCUUGGUCCACCUGAGUUGCAUCACAGGCGAAUGCUAUCUUAAUAAAUUAAUGAGUGAAAUACCAAACGUUGAUGAGUUGAUUGUUGAGUAUUGCAGAAGUAGCAAACUGAAUAAACAAUCAUGAGGGAUUUAUGAAUGAGAAAAAUUGUAGAAUAUGAACGAAAUAAUAAAACAGAUGUCCAUCGUAA